GCCGAGAGGCGGACGGGGCCCGCUGCCAUCUUGCCCCGGGCUCAGCCCCUCCGCCAUGGAUCCCGGCGCGGGGGCGCGGAAGGAGCGGCCGAAGCCGCGGGAACCGGCGGCUCGCCUGGAGAAAGCCAAGCAGAGGUCGGCGCAGCAGGAGCUGAAGCAGCGGCAGCGGGCGGAGAUCUACGCCCUGAACCGGGUGAUGACGGAGCUGGAGCAGCAGCAGUUCGACUCCUUCUGCAAGCAGAUGCAGGGAUCCGGGGAAUGACAGCUCUGCCCUGCGCCCCCCUUUUCUAACCCCCCAGUAUUUAUUAUCAAACCGUCCUUUUUAUAUCAAUAAAAUCUGUGCUGGUCCUUUGUC